GUGAACUUAGCCCUUUGGUGAUUUUAGGCUUCUCCUCCGCGAGAUUUUGAUUCCGUUCCUUGCCCCCCAGGCACUACGUGUAGUCGCGCACCUCGUUCCUCAUCUCGAGGUUUCGUCGGUCGUCUUCUCGUUCGUCGGCCUCGUCGAGAUUUGGUUUUGGUUUUACUUUCGUCAGCGAGACGCGUGCAUGUUGCCAGCGGACGACGCUAACCGAUGGUCGCUGAUCCGUUCUUUCAGGAAGCGUGCUAGUACCACGAGCGAGGACGUGGGCUAAAGGGCGCCGGGGAUAGAAGUCAACGCCGGAGGCGAGCCGCGCGCAGAUCCGAAGCAGGGCAGGCGAACAGCGGCGCUGAUGGGGUCGUUCAAGGGGCACCUUCUGCCGGGAACGCUGUUCCUGGCCGUGGGCGCCUGGAACGUGUGGGCGGCCGUGGCGCGCUUCGCCUUCGACCCGGCCGGGUUCCGCCUCCUCGUCUGGAACCUCGUGGGCGGCGGCAGCAGCGGGGCGCUGCGGCACCUCGAGCUCUACGUGAUCGCCGGAGGCGCCUUCCUGGAUAUGUGCGUGGAGGUGCUUUACUCUACUCAUCUCCACAUAUUUGCACCCGGCGGCGGAGUCAACCCGGCACACCUCAACGACCUCGAGCAUGGCGGCAUGCUGCUCAUGUUCUUCCUCUUCGGUGCCCUCGCUCUCCUCUCUGAAAAGACGAGGUACCUGCCCCUAACGGAGGGCGCGUUGUGUGUGGUGCUGGCAACGGCCUUCACUGCAGAGCUGCUGCUCUUCUACUUCCACUCAACCACCCACCAGGGGCUGGAGGGAUACUACCACUACCUCCUAGUUCUGCUGAUUGGGCUCUGCGUCGCCUCCACCGUCCUCGGUGCGCUCCUCCCGGUGAGCUUCCCUGUCGACCUUGCUAGUGGCGUGCUGAUGACCCUGCAGGGCAUGUGGUUCUACCAGAUGGCGUUCACGCUCUAUGGGCCGAUGCGCCCCGCGGCAGCGGCAGUGGCGGAGACAAGGGGGGGCUAUUGGCUCAAGUCUCCUUCUAAACGUUGUGUUCUCCUGUGA